UCCACAGAGGCUUUGGAGUUCAUGAAACGGGACCUGGCAGAGUUCACUCAAGUAGUGCAGCAUGACACAGCCUGCACUAUCGCUGCUACGGCCAGCGUGGUCAAGGACAAGCUGGCAAGGACAGAAGGUUCUUCAGGUGCGACUGAAAAGGUGAGGAAAGGCCUCUCUGACUUCCUGGGUGUCAUCUCGGACACGUUUGCGCCUUCACCGGAUAAGACCAUUGACUGCGAUGUUAUAACGCUGAUGGCAACGCCCACAGGUACCACGGAGCCCUACGACAGCGCCAAGGCUCGUCUCUACAGCCUCCAGUCCGACCCAGCCACCUACUGCAACGAACCUGAUGGCCCUGCUGAGCUCCUUGAGGCCUGGCUGGCUCAGUUUAACCUGGAGGAGAAGAAAGGAGAGAUAGCAGAGCUGCUGGCAACCAGCCCUUCCAUCCGGGCGCUCUACACUAAAAUGGUCCCAGUGGCUGUUUCCCACGCUGAAUUCUGGCAGCGCUACUUCUACAAAGUGCAUCGCCUGGAGCAGGAUGAGGCCCGGAGGGAGGCUCUGAAGCAGCGAGCAGAGCAGAGCAUUCACCAAGAGGAGCCAGGCUGGGAGGAGGAUGAAGAGGAGUUCUUGGGGAUGUCACCCCUGCCUUGUGCAAACGUGAAAUUUCCAGAAGCAGCAGAGAAAGAAUCUGCCCCCGCAGCCCUGGAGGGAAACCACCCCACUGCUCCCAAGGGACCCUCAGAUGAAAGCUGGGCCGUCCUCCCUCCAGAGCCUGCCCCAGCAGAGGGGAGCCCCUCGGAGAGCAGUGAGAGCGUCUCCCUUGUGACUCAGAUUGCAAACCCUGCCUCUGUGCCUGCUGCACAGCUACAGACUGGAGCACAACCAGCUGGGGCCGGAGACCUCUCC